GACGCCGGAACCGGAUGUAGCCGCUGAGACGUGAUCUUUUCGAUAAGCUUCCGCAUGUUUAUACAUUUACCCCGUUGAUGUGAUGUGUGACCAAUUGCAGACAGAGCGGUUUUGUAUGGUUGAAACAAGUCAUAGCUAGCUGACGAACCAUUAGCAGCGCACCUGCUCGCGAAAACGGUGACGACCCGUUCAUAGAACCCAACAUUGCUCAAUGGCGCCAGGAGGCACCGGCACCUUCGCGUAUUUUGCGUUCGGGAGCAACAUGUUAAGGGAAAGACUGCAGCUGGAAAACCCCUCAGCGACGUACCUCGAUACCGGUCGACUGAAGGACUAUCAACUGGAUUUUGGCGUUUGGGACAGAGGUGUGGAGAACAGUUGGCACGGCGGCGUGGCCACCAUCCAAGAAAGUCCUGGUUCUGAGGUGUGGGGUGUUAUCUGGAACAUCGAUCGAGACCACCAGGACACCCUGGACAAGCAGGAAGGCGUCCACGUCGGUAUUUAUUCCCAGCUGGAGGUGAGAGUGGAGAGCAGCAACCACGGGGAGAUUCUGUGCAAGACUUACCAGAUGAACAACUUCCAUGCUCGUCCAACCUCACCACAGUGGUGUGUUGUGGCGCCGAGCAGAACGGACUUCCUGAUGAUUACGUUGACAGGCUGCGGGCGGUGGAGACCAACAACUACAUGGGGCCUUCCAUGUUGGAUUGCAUCGAAAUGCACGCCAAUUAGCAGCGAGACAGCGUUUUACCAUCACUGUAUGUAUUGACGUUUAUUGAUUGGUGCUCCCGCUGGAAAAACAUAUAUUUAUAUUUUUUGAUACAUUUUGAAAAAUGUGCAAUUCAAAGAUUGUAAAAAAAAAAUUAUGAAAAUAUUUUGAAUGCUCAUUAAUGACGGAAACAGCUCAAAACUAACAUUGUAGAAAGUGUGAAAAUGAAAUUAAGUUGCCGCUGUUAUGAAAGCGCGAUAUAAAUCGGCAUGUACUGUAUUGUAAUUUAUUAGUUUUUCAAUGUACAAACCAAAUGUGACCAUGCUAUGAUAUGAAGAAUGUAAGUGACAUCAAGACACUCCUAAAAAUGUUUAAAAAAAAUAAAAGAAAAAACCUGGGUGGUUAUCUAUGACUUCCCCAUGAUUCUGUGAAUGUCACGCUGAAUUCUAUCUGAUCCAGAUAGAGAUAUCUUCCUUACAAGUCGUCAAAGUGAAACUUUAUAUAAUCAAUUAGGCCACCAAUCCAAAUUCAUUAUUCACAGCACUUUGUUUAUUUCCAUUUUCCCAGCCAAAUGUUUCUUUUUUAAAACUAAUUCAAUCGCAGCCAUUUUCACUGGAGCAACCCCCUCAAUCCCAGGGUUUUACUAGAUUUUGACUGAUCUUGCAAGGCCCACAGAAUAUUUGGUACUAAUGCUGUACAAAAAUGGAGCCUACCAAAAUAAAGUUUGGACUCUUUUCUGUCAGCAGAAAAAAAAAAAUCUCUUUCCAUUCUUCAGCAAUCGGCAUUACAAAAUGGCUAAGUUUCAGGCAAUUCCUGGGCAAAAAACAGAAAAAGAGCUUUUUGUAAAAGCAUGCAUUUCAAGCACGUGAGGCACCACUGCCGCCUACUGGUCGCUUUUUUUACAUGAUUUACAAUGCAAACGGCUUAUUCUCAUUCCCAGAUUGCACCAGACCCCCGUCCUCUCAAAGACGCAAAAAAAAAAAAGACUUAGACGUACAAGUACGUCCUUGAUAGGCGGGGCCUAAUUUAAAAA